AUGGCCAGACCACUCGUUGCACUUCUUCUGGUCACAUGCGGCAAGGUGUGUGCGCUAAGCAUUGCCGGCUUCGUGCAGGACCAGUGCUUUCUUGAAAGAGCCCACAGCGUCGCAAUCUCCGGCAACUUCGCUUAUGUGGGGGGUUAUCACCCGGAGAGCGGGUUGACUGUGAUGGACAUUUCAGACCCAAGCCGACUUGUCGUAGUUGGAGGACUCUUCCACAGGUACUUGACAUACCCUCGGGAGAUUGUCAUUGUAGGCAACUAUGCUUACGUGCUAGUUGGUGGGGGAAUUCAACAAGGCUUGACGGUGGUCAACAUAGCAGAUCCGGGCAACUUGACGGUCGCAGGCUUCAUAGAAGUUCGGGGACAGACAUUCCCAAACACGGUGUCCUUCCUUGCAAUCGAUGGGAACUACGCCUACCUGUCGGGGACAACAACAGACAUGUUCGGCGGGGUGCCUGAUCCUUUUGGGGGCUUCUCACCGCCGCCGAAUCGAGGGAAACUCGUCGUGCUCAACAUCGAGGACGUGAGCAACAUCACCAUCGCAGGCUCCAUGGACGUCGACUACACGAACGGAGCACAUGGUGUUGCGACGGGGCAGGGCUAUGCCUACGUCGCGGUGGGAGCUGCGUCAGAUACAGGAACAUCUCCUUCCGGAAGUCCCGGAUCCUUUCAAGCGAUCAACAUCUCAGAUCCGAACAAUCUGGCUGUUGCAGGUUCCGUCCAAGACAGUGCGCUCAUCGGGGCCGGGUCGGUUGCAAUCCUGGGGGACAUCGCUUACGUGGUCGUUGCGAAUGGCCUGACGGCCGUCAACAUCUCCAACCCUGGCAGCAUGACCAUUACGGGCAGCAUCCAAAACUCCAUGUACUUCAAGGGAGCGUUUGACAUUGAGAUUGUUGGGGACAUUGCUUUCGUGGUUGGGCAUAAUCUGGUAUCAUCGUCUCCCGGAGUUUACCAGGGAGUCUUGACGGCAGUCAAUAUCUCCAACCCAAGCAGCCUCUCCAUCGCAGACUCCAUUCAAAAUUCCGUUCAACUCAACGGAGCACAUGGCGUUGCAGUCUCUGGAGACUACGCUUAUGUUGCCGCCGUUCAUAACGACGGCUUGGCGGUGGUGAAUGUUUCCGACACCCUCAACCUUGCCUUGACAGGAGCUUUCGAGGACUCCAACUCUCCAUUCUCCGCGCUUGAUGGGGUCUCGGACGUGGCCGUGACUGCAGACUUUGCUUUUGUGGUUGGUAAAUCCCACCACAGCUUUGCAGUGGUCAACAUCACGGACCUGCGCAGCAUGACCAUCGCAGGAGCGAUCCAAGACCCUGUGCGGCUGGAGGAAGCUACCUCCGUGGCGAUCGGUGGGAACUAUGCUUUCGUGACCUCAUCGCAGAACUUUAGCUUGACGGCGAUCAACAUCGAAGAUCCAAGUCACCCCGUCAUCGUGAGUUCUGUCCAUGACUACCAGCUUGUACUAGCGUCUGAGGUUGCCCUGCACGGGAACUUUGCUGUCGUGCGCUCUUCAAGGGGUUUGACUACAAUUAACGUCACAGACCCAACAAACUUGGAGAUAGUAGGCCAGAUACCACUGGAUGUCCGCUCCGAACUCUUGGGGGACGUGCGUGGCCUAACCAUAUCCGGAGAUUAUGCUUACGUGACCAACUCCCGCGGCCUGGCGGUGGUCAACAUCAGCGACCCCGUCGGCAAUUUGUCCAUCCUCGGAUCAGUCCCUGACGAUGAAGACCCCAACAACCUUCUCUCGCAGCCGGGGGCGGUCGCCAUCUCGGAGAACUUCGCCUACGUGGCCGUGAAUACCAACAACGCGCGGGGCUUGGUUGUGGUCAACAUCACAAAUCCAGAAGGCAACCUGAGCAUCGCGAGCUUCAUCUCAGACCCUCGGCUGUUUGGAGCGACCAAAGUUGCAAUCACUGGGAACUAUGCUAUCGUGGGCCUUACCGACGUCAACACUCUCUAUGACGACGAAGCUGGUCUUGCUGUGGUUGACAUCUCAGACCUGAAUAACCUCACCGUCAUUGAAGUCAUCAGAGACUAUGGCCGCUUUACCGGGCUCAACGGGGUGAACAUCUUUGGGGGCUAUGCGUGGGCCACUGCAUCUGACGCCGAUGGUGUGGUCUUAGUGGCCUUGGGCACCGGGGCGGCACUUGUGAAAAAGCGCAUCGCAAGAUGA